AUACCGCAUUGGAUAUUCGAUUUAUUCUUGAUGCUUAUCGAAAAACGCCGUGUUGCGGUUCGAGCAUCUAUAUUUUAUUUACCAGCCGUUGAAUUAUUAUAGAAAUCAAACAAAAUGACUAUCGGUAAAAACAACAAAAUGAUUCAGCACCUGAAUUAUCGGGUGCGAAUCGUCCUCCAGGACUCGCGGACCUUCAUCGGUACCUUCAAAGCCUUCGACAAACAUAUGAAUUUGAUCCUGGGUGACUGCGAGGAGUUCCGCAAGAUUCGCUCGAAGAAUUCCAAGGUCCCCGAACGGGAGGAAAAGCGAGUUCUGGGUUUCGUAUUGCUGCGCGGCGAGAAUAUAGUUUCUCUUACGGUUGAGGGUCCUCCACCGCCGGAGGAGGGUCUGCCCCGCGUUCCCAUUCCGGGAGCAGCUCCUGGACCGGGAAUCGGUCGAGUGGCCGGCCGGGGAGUGCCCAUCAAUAUGUCUGCCGUGCCAGCCGGUCUCCAAGGACCGGUCAGAGGCGUUGGCGGGCCCGCCCAACAGCACAUGGCUCCGAUGGGAAGAGGCGUACCCCGGGCUCCGAUGAUGGGGGCCCCGCCCCGCAUGAUUCCCGGAGGGAUGCCCUCGAUGCCAGGCAACAUGGGACGCGGCGCUCCUCCACCAAUGCGCGGUCCGCCACCAAGCAUGUUACGUGGAGCACCACCACCGGGCAGGGGUGGCUACUAAGUAUACACUACAAACCAAUAAAACUCACCAAGAAAA